AUGAAACUACUGCCAGAAUACGUAGAGAUACUCGAGAAGCUGCCCUAUCAAGUACGCAUAGGCUUCUAUAACACAGAAAACACGUUUAUUCAUCAAUGUGGUGGAAGUAUUAUUUCUGAGAGAUGGGUUCUAACGACGGCGCAAUGUUCUAAUGUCAAGGUUGUACAAGCAGGUAGUCAUAUCGAGUACGAGAAGGGUAAUUAUUCGGACCACCGAGUUAACGAUACUAUUCCUCAUCCGCUCUUCAGCAACGACGAAUGGAGCGAGUUCGAUAAUGACAUCAUGUUGAUACGCGUCAAAGAUCCAUUCUGCACAAGUAGUACUGUAAAAUACGUGCCUUUGUACACCCUACACGAGGUUCCAUCUCGAGAUACUGCCAUAGUUGGUCGUUGGGGAUCUAGAGAUUCGGUCACCUCUCGGUGUGAAUAUGCCAAGAUACUCGAUCCUAUGAAUGUCUCCAUAGUUGCAACGGAACAAUGUGAUACAUUAUUAGAAAAUCAAGAGAUUUCGAAUAGCGAACAAAUCUGCGUUCAUUUCCCCGAGGAUUGCGAGGAUUUCUGUCCUGGUGAUUCAGGUGCACCCCUCAUUGUGUACUCAGAAAUAGGUCACAAACAACACGCACUUGCUGGUAUUUUAUCUCGUCCUAUUUACACGGAUCUUGAUGAAUCUAUGGAUUAUAUAAUGUUGUACACGCCAGUAGCGAAAUACCGCGAGUGGAUCACUACUGUAAGCGGUGUGUGA